CUCGACGCUUCCGAUUUCUCCGCACCCCCUGCCUCAAAAGUGACUGGCUCCCCGCUUCAUGCGCCCAAGCCCAACAACUCUCUUCCCCGUCUGCGUCUCGCCAACAUGUUCUCUUCGAGGCCUCAUUCCGCAUACCCAAAGCACCAUCCCGCCAUUUUUGGCCAGCUUCUCAUUUGGCUGCUGGUUCUCCUGGCGCCUCUGCCCGCCCGAGCGGACGACUGUUCCUCUGGCACAGGCGUCAAUUCCCUCGGCAAACCGGUCUGCAACUCUGGGGCAUCGAUCGAGGCGAUUGCCAUCGGCGCUGCCUUCGGUGCCCUCGUGCUCCUCAUCAUCGGCUUCGCCCUUUAUCGAUACCUUCAGCGCCGAAAGUCGCAGCCCAAGACGCCAGCUCAAUCGGAUCCCCAAGUCUGAGCAGACAGAACCUGUCCAAACAACUAUCACUCUCUGCCCCCCACGAACACCACUUCCGAUGUACCCGCU